CAUGUUAAACAUUAAAUAAGCAUUUAUUUUUUACCUGCUCGUUCAGUGUCAAUGCCGCGACGGGAAGAAACAGUCCUUCAACCAUUUUGCGCAUUUCCCCGACAACAAAAAUAAUUUGACGGCCAACGAUCUUUGUAUUUUUUAUUAGGAUGGCAAGCGAGAUGGUCAAGUGGUUGGCGCUACAAGGCUUACGAGUAUAUUUUUCCCGAAAUUUUUUUACAUCUCGUUAGUACCUCGUCGAGUGUAUAAUUAAAUCGAGAAUUAGUUUAGCACUAACUAAAAAAUGUUUAAAAAAUAUAGUAUAAUUCUGCUCGUAAUGUUAGCAACACCUUGUAUAUUCGAAGAAAGAACGAUAUUGGAUGAUACUCUUGGGCCGAUUUUUAGAAAUCUUAAGCUGAUAUCUUCUAGACGAGUAAAAGCUUUUAUGGAAAGGAAGGAUUACAAUAAUAUUUUAAAUAAAACACAUAAAGCUGCCAAAAAGCUCUCCCCUGAUGUACCAUUUCCCUGCGAUCUAACCUAUGGAGGAAGGAGUAAAAAAGUACCAACAACCGUCCACGAACUCAGGCCUGGUGAUAUCGACAUCGUCGGUAAUCUCGGUGAUAGUUUAAGUGCGGGUACAGGAAUAUCCGCAGUAUCCAUCAUCCAGGGAGUAAUGAGGGAGGAAAGAGGACGAUCAUUCACUGGAGGAGGGGAAAAGACUUGGAGGACUUAUUUAACAUUACCGAACAUAUUGAAGGUGUUCAACCCCGCUCUGUUCGGUUAUGCAUUGGGUGGAGGGCCGAGUAUAAUAUGGGAAUCGCAGUUUAACGUCGCUGAAAACGGAGCUACGUCUGAAAACAUGCCUUACAUGAGCAGGGAAUUGGUGAAAAGGAUACGACACGAUCCCCGAACUGAUGUAAAAAAUCAUUGGAAGAUGGUGACUCUAAUGAUUGGAGAUAAUGAUUUUUGCAACAACGUUUGUUACUUUCCUAAUUAUUACGAUUCUUUGGAACAGCACAGGAGAGAUUUAUUGGAAGUUUUGAGGUAUUUAAGGGACAAUUUACCACGGACAAUUGUCAACGUAAUUCCACCACCUCGGUUGGACGUUUUCUACAAAAUGGAAAAAGUAUCUUUCCAAUGCUAUCUUGUACAAAACUUCGCUUGUCCUUGUAUUAAAGGCCUAACGUAUAAAAGUAAGCGAAAAAUAUUGAGCGAUAUAAUGAAGAAAUGGCAGCUAAUUCAACUAGAAGUGUGUAAUUUGCCAGAAUUUGAUUUGGACGAUUUUACUGUAAUACCUCAUCAGUUUACUUUGAACUAUACGUUUCCCACGACCCCCGAUGGAGAGUUAGAUUUUAGUGUAUUGGCGCCAGAUUGUUUCCAUUUUUCUGAGAAGGGCCAAGCUCGCGUUGCCAACGAUUUGUGGAACUCAAUAUUAGAACCGUUUGGAAAUAAAAGCACAGAUGGACGUGAUGUGUUCGCGAAAUUCAAUUGCCCUACGGCGGAUCAUCCGUUUAUAUUUACCAGAAGAAACAGCCCCAAAUAAACGGAAUUUAUGUAAUUUAUUUCGAAUAAAUUCGACUUAUUUUAGGAGAAUAUCUUGUU